AAAUUUCUGGAGUUGAAAAAUUAGGAGUUAGGCAUAAAAGUGUGAAAGAGUUAGAUUUUUGGAGUUUAUUUUUUAACUCUGACUAAAGUUUGUGUUAUGGGAUACUCCUUGGCUGUGUUUUAUUUUGGAGUUCAUUCAUUGGUGUUCAGGAGCGUGUUUUAACACCACAUCUGGAGUUAAAUGUUAAGAAAGUGCGCCAUGACACGACCCUAGAACAGCAGUACGAGGUGAUGGAGUUUUACAUCGUCUUGAGGUCACAAUGUUGAUAAAAGUGCAACUUGGAGGGAAGAAGAAAUAUAUAAAACUGGAAGAAGUUUGUUUCUCAGAUUUUCUUAGUGCAGUCCAACAGAAGUUUAUGAUACCAGAGAAUACAACAUUGAAAGUCACAGAUGACCAGGGCAUAGAGGUGGAUGAGGAUGUAUUUCCAGAACUUGCAACAACCAAAGAAAUGAGUUUUAUCAUCCACACUGAUGAUGAACUUCUGUUUGCUGAAACAUCCAAGAAUUCUGCUGACUUCUCAGACCUGACAGAGUUUGGUGCCUCUUCAGAUCAGACAGAAUAUGUUACGCUCACUACUUGUGAUUUGACUGUCCUGCAGCAAGGGGUUGUUGAAGGACCCUCCUCCCCAAGUCUGACAGAUACAUUGUCUAUCUCAAGCAGCAGUGAUUCUGGAUCUCAAAUGCUUCAACCUUCAACCAACCUGCUUUAACAGACAGUUUCAGUGCAAAAAAUAAUAUAAAGCAAAUUCUAACUUCUAAGACAGCAGGGAUGACUGUGAUCAAAGAGUAUGAAGACACUGGGAGUUUGAAAGAUUCCACAAGGCGGUUAAUGGUGAACAUAAUUGUAGCUCACAUGCAUGAAAAAGAAGGGAGAGCUGUUAGUAAAGCAACAAAGGAGUUCCAUGCCCUUGGGAUUGUGUCCCUGUUCCCAUCUUUAAAAGACCCAUACUCUAAAAAAGGAUAUGAACAUUUCUAUGACAUUCAGAGCAACAAAGGCUUUCUUGAGUGGCGUAUAAAGACCGUGCAACGUAAAUUCAGAACCACCUCUACAUCACAGAGCAGAGUGGAGCUAAAAGGAGGUCCCACAUCAUCAAGAACGAUUGGAACAGAUGACCAGCGAAUGGGAGAUGAAUGUCUGGAAGCUGUGUCUCUCCUCAAUCACACAACUGACCGUGACUUAGUGUUCCAGAAGAUGAGAGAAACUUUCCAAUACCGUCAGCAGAUUCUUCACAACCCACAGCGCUCAGCUGAUGUACUACAAAUGUUUCCUCGUUUCUUGGACGUCAAAGGACUGAUUUUGCAAGACUUCUCACUAAUGUUUGGAGCAGAGGUUGCUUCAAGGUUUCUGGAAAAAUGGAACACCAGUUUCAAAGAAAAAGUCAUCCAGGAGGCCAGGAACCUUAAAGAGACUGCUCUCCUGAAACAGCAUCUGAAAGCUGUACUGAAAGAAGGAUCUGAUCCUACUGAUGAUCCAGACUGGGACAGUGACAUGGCUUCUCUAUUUGUCCUGCUUCAUCUUCUUACUCCACAACCAGCUGGAAGAAAGCGGCCCAAGAAGAUCAGUGUUGGAGAGGCAACAGAUCAUCUGGUCAAAUUUCAUAAGUCAUGCCAAAGCCUUGAUGAUCAUCUCCUGACAACUGAAGGAAACCCUCAGCCAUAUCUUCUCGCCUCAGGGACUUCAAAAGCACAGGUUUCCACCUUUUACAUUGUCUUGGACAGAAAAGUUCUGCCUUGUCAAUCAUGUACAUCCUUGGGUGCCUUUGACGAGCUGUUCAAGUCCCAUUUUGUUUUCAGUGUGAAGUAUGAUGAUGCUCUGUCCAGUCUGUACACAUUUUUGCAGACAACUGUGUACAAUAUCGAUAUAAGUACAACUGAGGAAACUCCAAGAGUCAAAGAGCUAAGAGCAAGGCUGUUGAACAAGCACUAAUUGUCUUAUGUAACCAAAAUGUUAAGUUGUUUCCUCUGCACUUCAUCCUUUUGUUCAGCUUUGCUUUUGUUCAGGCACCUCAAACUAAUUCAUGGAAUGUAUCCUGGGAAAAAUCUAAGACUGAAAUGUGGUCAAGCAGAUUGUUGCUUGCAGUUCUCUAGUUAUUCUGGAUUUAGGAGACAUCUCAUUAAGAUACAUUCUUCAAUUAGUGACAAAUGUGACCCUCAUGAGACCCCUUCCAGUUAUGAAAGUGAAGAACAAAAUUCUCAUACCUUAAAUGAAGAAAUACCUUCUACUUCAUCCCAGUGCCCAAAUUUUGAAGCAGUCCCUUCAGUAUCUACUCACAAGAAAGAUAUGUGUGCGUCCAUUAUAGCAAAACUUAUGGCAAGUGGUGUACCAAAUACUGUAGUUCUUUCGACAAUUGAAAAUUUGGAGGAAUUUGUGGAAGAUUUGCAGUCUAAUAUUAAGGACCAUGUCUUAAACUUACUACCAGGUAACAAUCCAUCAAGACCAGCCAUAGAAGAGUUAUUUAAAAGUUUGGACAACCCUUUCAGCCAAUUGAACUCUGAUACCAAAUGGAAAAAGUAUUUCAGAGACAAAUGGGGAGUAGUAGACCCUGUUGAACUGCGCCUUGGUGUUAGGUAUGACACCAGAAGAAAUAACAAAACUGGAACUUAUGAACAAGUUCCU